GGAGAAAGAAGAGAGAAGCAAACCGACCAGCACCUUUUUACACCUUCCUUUCUGAGUGUGGUGGGCUUCUCCUGUUAUUUAAGCUGGAUGGAACCUCCUCCUGUUGGAUUAUGAAGUGCACGCUGACUCUCAAAAGUCUUUUGCAACAGGAUCUUUUUUUCGGGCGGAUUUCACUGCCCUGAGAGGCUAUCCAGGAUGCUUUCCAAGAACCUGGCGACGUGGGUGUCACUACUCGCGUGUCUCCCCGCAGCGAUCGGCUUGCCGAACAAUAAUGACCGGAUUGCGAGGAGCUUGAAGAGACACGGCGGCCAUGGACACAAACCAGUUGACACUAAUUCGUCGCAUGUCUACAAGACUAGAUUCCCUGGUGUGACCUGGGAUGAUGAUCACUGGCUGCUUUCGACUACUACCCUGGAUCAGGGCCACUACCAAUCUCGCGGUUCCAUUGCCAAUGGUUACCUCGGUAUCAACGUUGCGAGUGUCGGCCCAUUCUUCGAAUUGGACGUUCCAGUUGGUGGCGACGUGAUUAACGGCUGGCCGCUGUACUCCAGAAGACAGACAUUUGCGACUAUUGCUGGGUUUUUUGACUAUCAGCCAACCACCAAUGGCUCUAACUUUCCUUGGCUCAAUCAGUACGGAGGUGAGAGCGUGAUCAGCGGUAUCCCACACUGGAGUGGACUGAUUCUCGACCUUGGCGAUGGCAAUUAUCUCGAUGCUACCGUGGACAACAAGACCAUCACUGAUUUCCGAUCCACGUACGAUUUCAAGUCCGGAGUGUUGUCUUGGUCGUACACAUGGACUCCUCGCGGUAACAAGGGCUCUUUCGACAUUACGUACCGGCUUUUUGCUCACAAGCUGCAUGUCAACCAAGCCGUGGUGGAUAUGGAGAUCACUCCUUCCCAGGGGUCUGAGGCAGCUGUAGUCAACGUCAUUGAUGGGUACUCGGCUGUCCGUACCGAUUUCGUGGAAUCCGGCCAAGACAAUGGAGCUCUCUUUUCGGCUGUGCGGCCCUGGGGAAUCUCAAAUGUCACGGCCUAUGUCUACACGAACUUGACUGCCUCCGCUGGCGUGGAUCUGUCUUCCCGGGCUCUUGUCAACGACAAGCCCUAUGUCCACAGCAAUGAAUCCUCCAUUGCGCAGGCUGUCAAUGUCAAGUUCCGUGCUAAUGAGACCGUCCGGAUCACGAAGUUCGUUGGCGCUGCGUCGUCAGACGCAUUCCCUAACCCGCAACAGACCGCAAAGCAAGCCGUGUCUGCGGCAAUGGGAGCCGGCUACAUGGGAUCGCUGCAGUCGCAUGUGGCAGAGUGGGCUAGCAUUCUCCUGGACGGUUCGGUAGACAGCUUUGUCGACCCUGCCACCGGAACAUUGCCGGAUGAUGAGCACAUCCUCAACUCCCAGAUCAUCGCGGUCGCAAACACGUACUACCUUGUCCAGAACACCGUGGGCAAGAAUGCCAUCAAGGCUGUUUCCGGAGCUCCAGUCAAUGUCAACAGCAUCUCCGUCGGUGGUUUGACCUCUGAUUCGUAUGCGGGUCUGGUAUUCUGGGAUGCCGACGUCUGGAUGCAGCCAGGUCUGGUGGCAUCUCACCCCGAGGCUGCGCAGGGAGUGACCAAUUACCGAACGAAGCUGUACCCACAGGCACUUGAGAAUAUCAACACUGCUUUUACAAGCUCCAAGAACCAGACCUCCUUCUCCCCUUCGGCAGCCAUCUAUCCUUGGACAAGUGGUCGCUUCGGUAACUGUACUGGUACUGGUCCUUGCUGGGACUACCAGUAUCACUUGAACGGCGAUAUCGGGCUUUCCCUGAUGUAUCAAUGGAUUGCGAGCGGCGACACAAAGACUUUCCGCGAGCAGCAUUUUCCCAUCUACGACUCCGUUGCCACCAUGUAUUCCAACAUUGUUCAGCGCAAUGGUUCGUCCUGGACGCUGAUCAAUAUGACUGAUCCUGAUGAAUAUGCCAACCACGUUGAUGCCGGUGGCUUCACGAUGCCGCUUAUCUCCGAGACACUGGGCUAUGCCAAUUCCUUCCGGAAACAGUUUGGUCUCGAACAGAAUGAGACCUGGACGGAAAUCUCUGAAAAUGUCCUCAUCAUCAGGGAGAACGGCGUGACGCUGGAAUAUACCACGAUGAACGGUACCACUGUGGUGAAGCAGGCUGAUGUAGUGCUUGUCACCUAUCCUUUGGUCUACGACAACAACUAUACAGCCCAGUACUCCCUGAAUGACCUCGAUUAUUAUGCCAACAAACAGUCUCCUGAUGGACCUGCUAUGACGUGGGCUAUUUUUGCGAUCACUGCAAAUGAUGUCUCACCAUCCGGCUGCUCUGCCUAUACCUACCAUCAGGACUCUUACGACCCGUACAUGAGAGCUCCGUUCUACCAACUGUCCGAACAAAUGAUCGAUGACGCCAGUAUCAACGGUGGCACUCACCCGGCUUAUCCCUUUUUGACAGGACACGGUGGUGCCCACCAGAUUUCCAACGUUAAAUACCGCACGUUCUACUGGCGUGGAUGGCCCAUUUCCGCGAGCUCCAACCGCACCCAUACGACUAUCAGCCGAGCAGCAAAAGUUACCCCUCUGGACACUGCAGACUCUCGCUUUGCCAACGCCUCCAUCCCUGUCUUGGUUGGCGACCCUAGCAAUUCAACUACCUACCGGCUUCCAGCCACCGGGGCCCUUGUCGUUCCUAACAGACAGAUCGGAUUCAACAACACCAUCCCCGGAAACAUGGUGCAAUGUCGCCCUGUGUACUCGCCUAAUGACUAUGCUCCUGGUCAGUUCCCCAUCGCAGCCGUAGACGGUGCAACUUCUACCAAGUGGCGGCCUUCCACCGCCAACACGAGCUCGUUGACCGUGGCCCUGGCCGACAUUGAUAUCAACUCCAAGGUCUCUGGCUUCCACUUUAACUGGUGGCAAGCCCCUCCCGUCAAUGCCACCGUCAUCUUCCACGACGAGAUGCUUGAGGACCCAGUGGCCGCGAUGUCUUCCGCCCACGGGAACUCCCGCUACAAGGUCGUCACCACAUUGACGAACAUCAAGCAAUCUCAGCCUUAUAACGCCGAGAGCACUGACUACAACGAAGUUGUCAUGGCUACUGGUAAUACGACCGAUGUGAAUCUGUCGCAGACUGUGCACACGUCUCGCUACGCCACUCUGCUGAUUUCGGGUAAUCAGGCAGGCGGCAAGGAAGGUGCUACUGUUGCUGAGUGGGCUAUCCUGGGUGAGAGUAAGGGAUCGUCGAGUGGUCACGGCAACACCAAGAGAAGGCUGGACGUCAGGGCUGCUGCUGCGCUGUCUGGUGGUUUGAAUGACCGUCGGUACCGGCAGUUCGAUGCUUGAGGAUGAGUCGCAGUCGGCGGUAAUUGAACGUCCUCGGACUUUUGCAAUGUAUUAUACAUUCCUUUUAUGAUGUACAUAAUAUGAUCUGAUGCUUGCUAGCUAGCUAACAAGCAGACCUAAUAACUCGUGCUUACUGCUUAGGUCUUAUUCAGACGAUCAACUUCUUGAUUCGAGAAUCGAUGGGUAUGAAAUUCAAG